UAGGACAGAAUGUUGGCCAAAGUCUUGAUUUCAGAGAAGCAUAUGAUAUAGCAGCUGCAAGAGCUGUUGCAGAAUUGGAAGUUUUAGCGGAGUACUGCCUCCCAUUGAUUCGUGUUGGUGGAUUAUUCAUAGCUGCAAAAGGACAUGAUCCUCAUUUGGCUGAUUUCUUCAUGAGGGCACGGAGUACAGCUCAGUACAGGUUUUAUCUCUCCAAACUCGGCGUGGUUGAUCCCCAUGAGUCUGAGAGGGGGUGUUAGAUCCAUAUAUUGAUCUUUUAAUCGGUGGGACCUCAUGGUCAGCGGACGGCUGUUAUAUACUUAAAAGAACGUGCUGCUCCAAAAAAAUACCCUCGCCUUCCAGGUACUCCUUCUAAGAUGCCAUUAUGAGAAGCGUGUCAUUGUUGUAGACUUUUUUUGCGAUGAUUAAAAGCUGAAACUCCCAGUUGAUCUAGUCCAGGGGUCGUCUACUGGAAGAUGUGUUUGCUUAGAAGCAUGCAAGAGUUGUGUCGCCUUGAAAUCAAGUUUUUUUCCUUACUCAAAUUCUAGUCAGUAGUUGAGCUCCGUUGAACGACACUGAUGGGUUUAUUAUUGUUCCUGUAACUGUCAAAUCUGGAAAUGUUCCAAUUGAGGUACCAGUUGUAUCAAUCUCUAUUCCUUUCAUGACAUUCUUUCUUGUAAGCAAUAGCGAAAUGUUUAGUGUUGAAAAGAUAUUAGCAAAUGAGGCCUUUGGGAGAUCUGUGCUAUUGAUAAUUGGAUCAAGACAUCGAGCCGUAGUCCUCAACUGCUACGGCUCCAAGUUUUUCUUAUGCCAUCAUGAAUUGGUUGACCUUGUCCAUAUUUCAAUGACUCUUCUGGACUAGGGCCAACUUGAAAGAAUUUAUCUUUGUUAUGUACAAAUAACAUUAUCAAACGCUUAUUGCUUCAACUCAUGCACAUGGGCACUAUCAUUGCUCUCUCCUUAACAUCCUUCCUUGCCUGCCUGUGUCCCUGUACCAACUUGCCGAAGCCAACAUUAAUCUAUUCUAACCAAACAGAAGCAAGAACUGAGAAGUUUCAUCCCAUCUACCUUUCCAGGAGCAAGUCACGGCACAUAAGCCCUAUCACCAAUGCAAUAACCAUUUCACACACACCAAACAUGAGACUCAUUCCCCAACUUGCCGGCUGACCAAGUAAUCAUCGUUGGACUUGUCACCAUUCAAAGCAUAGGCGAGUUGUGUAGCCUCAUCCAUUCUGCUCACAGCUUCCCUUCUUACCGAAAGAUUGCAAUGGGCAACAGCAUGUGUCCUCUCCUCUUUCUCCUCGCCACCACCGCGGUGGUGAUGCUCGUCGUCGCACCAGUUCCAUCAAUGUCUGCCGAUUUGCCAUCCGGUUUCGCGGCCAUCACGUCCAAGCUCCCCAACCCAUGGUCGGCCUUCCAGAAUCUCACCGGCGGCCACUUCGGUGAGGAGAUGCAAGGCAUCGCCAAGCUGAAGGACUACCUCUCCCACUUCGGCUACCUCCCUGAGCCGUCGUCGACGUCUGGGUUCACGGACACAUUCGACGUCGACCUGGAGGAAGCCAUCAAGGUGUACCAGCGCAACUUCGGCCUCAACAUCACCGGCGUGCUGGACGCGUCCACGGUGGCCCAGAUGAUGGCGCCCCGGUGCGGCGUCGCCGACGUCAUCAACGGCACGUCCACCAUGGGGGGCUCGUCGCACGUCCACGGCCGGAACCUCUACUCCUACUUCCCGGGCUCCCCGAGGUGGCCGCGCUCCAAGAAGAGCCUCAAGUACGCGAUCACGCAGACCUCCGCGACGUCCAUCGACCGGGAGACGCUGAGCCAGGUGUUCGCGCGCGCGUUCGCGCGGUGGUCCACGGCGACGACGCUCAACUUCACGGAGACCGCCUCGGCGAAGGACGCCGACAUCACCAUCGGGUUCUACGCGGGGGACCACGGGGACGGCGAGGCGUUCGACGGCCCGCUGGGCACGCUGGCGCACGCGUUCUCGCCGACAAACGGGCGGUUCCACCUGGACGCGGCGGAGGCGUGGGUGGCGGUGGGCGACGUGUCGCAGGCGUCCUCGGUUGCGGCCGUGGACCUGGAGUCCGUGGCGGUGCACGAAAUCGGACACCUGCUCGGGCUGGGCCACUCGUCGGUGCAGGGCGCCAUCAUGUACCCGACCAUCACGUCGCGCACCAGGAAGGUGGAGCUGGCCUCGGACGACGUCGUGGGCAUCCAGAGCCUGUACGGGGGCAACCCCAACUUCAAGGGUGUCGCGCCGCCGGCCACGACCACGAGCAGCCGGGACAUGGACAGCGGCGCAGCGGGCGCGCGCUCCCGGCCGUGGGGCGCGUUGGUUGCCGUAGCUCUGGCCGCUGGGCUCGUGGUAGCGUUGUAGUAGUGAUUAGCCGUUUCCCGGCUGACCAUUUUACUCCGAUCUGCUCUCUUACUCUUAUGCUGAUUUGGUUGGUAGAGUAAUUUGUGUUGUUUUGGGUUAA